UAAUUCAUCUGCAUUAAUAAAGUUCUGAAAGUGACAUCGUUGUUGAUUUCUGUAUUUUUCCUGGCAAUUCUUUUACAAGUUCUGGCAAAACAAAGGGGGGAAAGAUGGUCAGUAACAAAGUACACAGGGGCCAAAGGGGCAAGAGGCCCGAAAGGCUUAAUAAAUCUAGCCAUAGUAUGAAUAUAGAUCGCCCCAAAUCUGAAGGGCAUGGUGGACAUAACAUGAGGGACCGGACCACCAUUAAACGUCUCCAAAUGUACAGAAAUUACAAACCAAAAAGAGACAGUGCAGGAAAAAUCUUGCGGCCAGCACCGUUUCAAACUUGGUUAAAAUCUGGAACUGUUGCUCGUGUGGAACCAAACAGAAGAUGGUUUGGUAAUACCCGGGUGAUUACCCAGAAUGCACUGCAGAGAUUUCAAGAGGAGAUGGAGAAAGUUAAGAAGGACCCUUACAAGAUGGUUAUGAGACAGAGUAAACUUCCUGUUUCCCUACUGAAUGAAGCUGCCAAAUAUGCUCGACCUCAUCUUUUGGAUACCGAGAGCUACGCUGUGACAUUUGGAAAGAAAGCUCAGCGCAAAAGACCGAAAAUCAAAGUUGACAAUUUGGAGGAUUUAAGCAAACUUGUCCAAGAAUCUGCAGAGAAGUAUAAUCCCCAGAAAGACAUGGAUUUAAUGGUUGAAUAUGAUGGUGUCCGUGAUGAAGCCAUUGAAAUGGUGUUCAAAGCGGGACAAUCGAAACGUAUCUGGAACGAACUCUAUAAAGUCAUUGAUUCUUCAGAUGUCCUUGUCCAAGUUUUAGAUGCCCGAGAUCCCUUAGGAACAAGAUGUUAUCAAAUUGAAAAAUACCUUAAAAAAGAGAAACCUCACAAGCAGUUGAUUUUUAUUUUGAACAAAGUCGACCUUGUUCCAGUUUGGGUUACGCAAAAAUGGGUGACUAUUUUGUCAGAAGCCCAACCUACCAUGGCGUUCCAUGCAAGCCUUACCAACGCUUUUGGAAAAGGAGCAUUUAUUAAUUUGCUACGACAGUUUGCAAAGCUCCAUUCGAAUAAAAAACAAAUCAGUGUUGGAUUUAUAGGUUAUCCAAAUGUUGGGAAAAGUUCCGUUAUUAAUACUUUGCGCAAGAAGAAAGUUUGUAAAGUGGCUCCGAUUGCUGGUGAGACAAAGGUGUGGCAGUACAUAACACUGAUGAGAAGAAUAUAUCUGGUAGAUUGUCCUGGUGUGGUGUAUCCGUCUGGUUCCACUCCUACAGAAAUCGUUUUGAAAGGUGUGGUACGAGUGGAACAUCUGAGGAAUCCCGAAGACUACAUCGGAGCUGUACUUGAACGAGUACGACCUGAAUAUAUUACACGAGCCUACAAAAUAGAAGGUUGGACUGGUACAGAAGACUUCCUGGAAAAACUUGCCAAAAGAUACGGGAAAUUAUUGAAGGGUGGUGACCCAGAUUUCAACAAUAUUUCCAAAAUUGUGUUGAAUGAUUGGCAGCGAGGACGUCUUCCGUAUUUUGUUAAACCACCAGUAAGAGAGGGAGACGAAAUAGAAAGCAUUGUUGACAAAGUAGUCGUUGAGACCGCUUCACAGGAAACCGCAGUAAUAGGUGAGGAAACAGUCAAAGCCAUUCCACAGGUGCAGCAGGACUUGCGCAAAAUUCAGGUGCAACCAGAGUUUGUUGCGGAUGACGUUAAAUCCGUGAACUUGGAUGUAUCGCGGGACGAUUCCGACGCUGAAGAUGUUUCAGACAAAGAAAGCGAUGAAGAUGGAGAGGAGACGAAAGAAAUUGCAAUUCCUGAUGUCGAGAAGGAAUCGGCCGAUGCGGAAGCAUUCGUUGAGUUAAUGACAAAGUCUAACGAAGCAGAGCAAACUGCUGCUACUGCUGCUGCUGCUACUGCUGCUGCUGGAGAAAAAGAUAAGGGAACUGAUGAUUCUUCAGAUAAAUCCAUUUCCAAAGAAUCAUCAAGUAUUACGGAGACGGCUGCACAAGAAAAUACAUCAGCAAAAGACGAAGAUAAGAGCGAAGAGAUAAUUGAGAACAGCAAAGAUGAAACCAAAGAAAAGUCUUUGACAGCUUCUCUUGAGAGUAUUCCAUCAGGAAGUGGUAUUUCUGCUGUUCAACAGAUGCCAGAGGAUUCUGAUGAUGAAGCUGAUUUCAUGUACAAGAUGAAGGAACCAGAAAGCAAGCCUAGUACCAGUGCAACAAAGGAAAGUUCUUCCAAGGUGAACAUAGCCAAGUCAGGCAAGAAUAAGAAACGAAAGCAGAAGCGACACCAAGAAAGUUCCGAUGAAGAUGAAGCUCCUAAGUUGACCGGAAAACAACGUCGCAAACUGGAUCGCAAAGAGAGACAGAAGAAAAUUGGAAAGCAUUUCUAUGACUACGCAAACGUGAAGAACCGAAGCGACCGAGCAAGACGGUAGAACCAUCUUGGAAGAAACCAUUGUAAUUCUCUAUAUUUUUUGAGAAGGUAUUAUUCUAUAAGCAAAGAUGUAUGUAUGUAAAUAUUCUACAAAUAUAAAUAAUAUCUUUUGAGAUAUAAA